AUGCUUCCACGACGAGUAAGUGUCCGGCGCAUCGUCGUGGCGGUAGCUGCGGUGUUGCUACUAGCCAUUGCAUACCUACAGUUAGCUCAGAUAUACCCUACAAUGCUUUUCAACGCAAUUAAUGCGGCGGAUGGCUCAUUUGAGAAAGCCCCACAAGCCACCAAUUCAGCUGAAACAUCCAAUCUAAACGACGAAUUGUCCCAAAACCUUGAUGACGAUCCCAGUGUGGUGGUGUUUCCCCAAACUCCCAUUCAUGUGGACCAGGAAGUGGAUUUUGCCGAAAUGCAGCAGUUGCAAGAGUAUCGGCUUGACUACGCCGAGUCCAAAAUAGGAUCGAUUUACGUUGGAUUCAGUGAACAUAUUAAUGAGGUGGUUGAUCCUGGCGAACGUGAAAAUGCCACUUUUUUCUCCUUGGUUCGAAACAGCGACAAAGUAGGCAUUCUUCAAGCAAUUGAGUCGGUCGAAGAUCGCUUCAAUAAAAGGUACCAUUACGAUUGGGUUUUUGCCAACGACGAGCCAUUUGAUCCUCAGUUGGUUGCAUCUAUAGAAGCUCUUGUUAGCGGAAACGCCUACUUUGAACUUAUACCUCGGGACUUUUGGUCGUAUCCACCUUGGAUAGAUGUCGAAAGGGCCAAUGCAACCAUGCACUAUAUGGCGCAGGAAAAAAUCAAGUAUGGUGGCUCAGAACUGUACCGUCAUAUGUGCCGGUUCAAUUCAGGACUCUUCUUUCAACUACCGCAAAUGCAGAGGUACCGUUAUUACUGGCGGGUGGAACCAGAAAUUCAGUUUCGCUGUGAUCUUUUUGAUCAAGAUUGGUUCAAAUACAUGAGAGAAAACGAUAAAAAAUAUGCAUUCACAUUGGCUCCAUUGGAGCUUCAUACUACCGUGGAAAACUUGUGGGACACUGUCAACCAAUUUUCUCGCCAGAAUCCUCAAUUCAUUGCAAAAGAUAACAAUAUGGAAUUCCUCACCGAGGACGGAGGAAAUACUUACAAUAUGUGCCAUUUUUGGUCCAAUUUUGAAAUUGGUGAUAUGGACUUCUACCGGCUGGAACCCUACCAAGCAUUCUUCAAUCACAUAGACCAAUCUGGAGGUUUCUACUACUCACGUUGGGGAGACGCUCCAGUUCACACCAUGGCGGUGUCGUUGCUCUUGCCUUAUAAAGAUCUUUUAUUUUUCGAAAAUAGUGGUUAUUUCCACCAUCCCAACAGCGACUGUCCCCAUGAUCCGGAAAUCCGCUCAAAAAGACGAUGUACUUGUAAUAUUGGCGACGACUUUACAUGGGUCAAAGCUUCAUGCAUUCCCAAGUGGUUUGAAAUCCACAACAUUACCAAGCCUCCAUUCGUUCCAAAGUACAAGUUUGAAAACCAGCAUCAACCGGACGAAAGCGAGUAG